GUCUCAUUAAAAUAUUUCUUCUUUUCAGUUGUAAUCAUGGCUACAGCGUAUCCCCCAGCGUCCAAGAAGAAACGCGUCUCUGAUGUUUCUUCCUUGGCCGCCCAAGUACGAAAAUCUGCAACGGACAUGCCCCUACCAUGGGAUAAGAUUGCUCCCCCAAGCGUGGCGGAAUGGCUCGAUGUAUACGCAAAAGCUAACAAUACAACGAGAGAUAUUUUGCUGGGGAGCAUUCUGCCCACGGUUGCUUGCUUACUGGGGACAACCAACAUAAAGGUAGAAUGCAAAUUACGCCACGAGAACGUAAAUUUGUUUGUGCUUUGCCUC